GACAGAAGCUCACGAUCGGGGGUCAUAAUCAGAGCCGGGAUGAGCUCUGCGCGGGUUGGUUCUGGAGUACCAUAGAGCGCUGGAUUGGCAGCUUCUUGUAUGAGUGCCUGAGCUAAUGGACCUUCCUUCGUAUGACGAGGCAGAGCAGCACCCUCGGGCGCAGGGGCCAGGAGUGCUCCACAUCCCUCCUCCUCCUACCUAUGAUGCUUCUGUGACCUUGCCCUCCACCCCACCCCCCUCUUAUGGAGAAGCAGUUGAGUUCGUGCCUGAUCACUUUCCUGUGCUGACUGUGCCUGUGAGCCCUCGGCACAACACAGGGGUUUUCAUCCACCCUGCCACAGAAGUGCCUGUGGUGGUGACCCAGUCCAUCAGUGUGACUCAGAGCAGCCCUGUGGUCAUAUACCAGCCUCAGCCCGUGCCCCUGGUGGUGCCCUCCCAACUGACUGACAGCCCUGCCCACAUACAGUGCCCUCACUGUGGGCGCACGGGUACCACUCUGGUGUCACAUGUGCCCAGUGCGACCGCCUGGUGCUCAUGCGCUCUGCUGGCGUUUAUGGGGUUGAUCUGUGGCUUCUGCCUGAUUCCACUGUUGGUUCGAAGCUGUCAGGACACACAUCACUCCUGUCCACACUGCCACAGAGUGGUGCAUGUUUACAAAAGUUGACCAACCCUAUGAGCAAAGACAGGGUCAAACUCAUACUGGACAGAAUGUCAUGGGCUGCUCCAUAAAGGACUCUUCAAAGCAAUGAAGGACAUGCAUUUUAUUAUUAUUAUUAUUAUAUUAAAAUAUAAUCAUUUCCCACUUGAGCCUGUGUCACCCAUGUCCCAUUUUGACAUUAUCGUUAAAUAACUUAAGGAAUCUUAUCUAUCAUGCUAAUCCUGCUACUUGUAAACUGGAUAUUAUACCUGCCUGUUUCAUGAAGGAAAUCUGUGACACUGUGGGCCCCGACAUUGUAUCCAUUAUGAACUGUUCAUUCUCUUCUGAUUGUUUCUCCUUUGGUUUUAAGAUGCCAUUGUUCAACCAGUCCUCAAGAAGCCGUCACUUUAUCCCUCAGACCUGAACAAUUUAAGGUCUAUUUCCAAUUUGUCCUUCUUGGGCAAAAUUUUUGAGAACAUUGCUGCCAGUCAAUUGACUCAGCACAUGAACAAUAGUCAUAUUUUUGAAAUGUUCCAAUCUAGACUUCGUUCCAACCACGGAAACAGCCCUUAUCAGUUAGAAAUGAUCUUCUUGUAUCAGCUGACCAAGGUUUAUGUUCAGUUUGAGUUUUGCUUGAUUUAUGUUCCACAUUUGAUACAGUUGAUUAUCUUGGUUCUCAUCCUCGCUUAAGUCUUGUUCUUUCUCUGUUGUCCUGGGACAGUUCUCAUCCCCUCCUCUAUGGUGUUCCUCGAGGUUUCAUUCUUGGCCCCAUUUAUUUCAAUAUAUAUGCCUCCCCUUGGCAAAAUCAUUCAAAAGCACAAAAUCUAUUACCAUUUGAAUGGACAUAAUACACAACUGUAUCUUUCUCUGGGCAAGAAUAACCACAGUUAGUACAACCCCUCAGCUGCCUCUCUGACAUAAAAGAUUGGACGUCCACUAACUUUCUGCUUUAAAUGAGUCCGAAACAGAAAUAAUUGUAUUUGGCCCAACUCACGUAACCCAACAUUUUAAUAAAACUCUUGGUAUCUUGGCCCCUCUUGUAAAGCCAUCAGCCCACGACUUAAGUGUUGACCUUAAUUCACAUAUAACAAAGACUGUCCAAUCACAAUUUUAGCAAAUUUUAUUACUGUAUGGCCAAAAUUUAAAAAAAUGUAUUCCUUAUGCAGACCUAGAGAGAGUCAUUCAAGCAUUGGGUCUUAGCCACUUGGAUUACUGUAACACCCUCUAUGCAGGUUUGAGUCAGAAAUCCAUCGCCCUUCUCCAGCUGGUGCAAAACUCGGCUGCACGUCUGCUAAACAAUACAAAAAAAGCAUCAGCACAUAAUUCCAAUCCUUGCUGCAUUGCACUGGCUCCCAGUAAAUCUUAGAAUUUACUUCAAAAUACUGCUGAUCACUUCUAAAGCCACGGCCUUGCUCCUACCUACAUUGAUGAGCAAUUGUCACCAUAUGUCCCUGCCCCCUGCACUCCUCAGAGUAGAUGCUCCUCGCUGUGCCUCCCUCCUGACUUCUGACCAAAGGGGACAGGACCUUUUCAGACAAAGCUCUGUAGCACACUGCCAGAGGAGAUUAGACUAUUGAACACUGUAGGUGCUUUUAAAUCUAAUUAAAAAACCC